AUGGCUUCAGAUAUUCAACAAACACCCUUUGUCAAGGAACUUGCUGCUAAUGACCGACCAACUCGCGACAAGGCCCUCCAAUCCCUACGCACUUUUCUCUCUGGAAGACGCGAGCUGCCGGCCCUCGAGCUACUCAAGCUAUGGAAGGGUCUCUUCUACUGCAUGUGGAUGUCCGACCGACCGAGGACCCAACAGGCGCUGGCCAACGAGCUCGCUGACCUCGUCUCCAUCGUCCCCCAGCCCACCGUGAUACCAUUCCUCAGAGCCUACUGGCAGACGAUGCAGAGGGAAUGGACAAACAUCGAUGUUCUGCGCAUGGAGAAGUUCCUCCUGCUUACGAGACGGUAUCUGGGCGCUACGUUUCAGGUCUUGAAGAGAGGGGACUGGGAGGAGGCGCUGGUGCGGGAGCAUAUGGACUUGUUGAUGGAGAUCCCGUGCAAUGUGGAUAACAUACGAAUUCCGAACGGCAUGCGCUUUCAUGUUAUUGAUAUCUAUGUUGAUGAGUUGGAGAGGGUGGGUCUGUUGGAGGAUGAGGAUAGGAAGGAUGGCUUGCUGGAUACAUUGCUGGAGCCAUUGAGGAGAUUGGCGAAAGAGAGUCCCACGAAGCCGGUGAGGACUAAGGCUAAGGAGCAAUUACAAGAUGAACGACUACCGGGAAAUAAGAAGACCGAGGAAGAGGAACAAUCAAAGGGAGACGAUGAUCAGUGGGGUGGAUUUGACGACUGA